AUGAGCAGGUUGCUGUGGCUUGUGUGUCUCUAUCUUUUAUUUGUGAUUGGUGGAUGGAGCAGUGAGGUGAAGAGUGAAGACGACUUUAUGCUUCUUGCUGGCCCUCUGACUGAGAAGCAGAUAAGCGCAUCCAGUGGUGAGGAAAAUGUUGUAUUUGACUGCAGUCAUCCCAUACCAGCUGUUUCUAAACAAUAUUUUGAGUACCUCAAGACCAGAGGAGUGACACACUUCAAAGUUCCUCUCUCAUGGACCAAACUUUUGCCAAAUGGCCUUGCAAGCAAGCCUCAACAGGCUGUGGUAAGAUGUUACCAGACCCUGCUAAAGCAACUACUGGAGGAAGACUUGCAACCCGUCGUCAUUCUUCAUGGAUCAUCAGUUCCAGAUUCUUUGAGGUCCAGGUAUGGAGGUUGGGAAAGUCAGAAGCUGUUACAGAUGUUUCAGCACUAUGCAGAGUUUGCCUUGAAAGAGUUUGGUCCACUGGCCCAUUCAUGGGUGACAGUUAGUGACCUGGAGGAGGUAUUUUUUGAAGGCCAGUCUGCAGAUGAUCAUAGUCUUCUGCAAAACUUCAUUCAGCUCAACAAGAAGAUUCACCAGUUUUACCAUCAGAACUUCCCUGAUAAGACAUUUCCUCCAGACUUUCAAUGGGCCACAUCAUCAGAAUCUUUCAAAGUUGAAGGAGGCUGGUUAGAAGGGGGGAAAGGAGAGACCAUCUGGGAUCGUUUUGGUCAUGAAGGCCAAGCAUAUGAAAAUCAGACUGCUGACCUCGCUUGUGACAGUUACAACAAGGUCGAUGUAGAUGUCUUCCUCCUGCGAGGCCUUGGAGUCAACACCUACCAAUUUUCUAUCUCCUGGGCCCGUGUUUUUCCCUCUGGUUAUAGAGCCAGCGUGUCAAAUGAAGGGGUUCUCUACUAUAACAAUUUGAUCAACGCUCUUGUGGAGUCUGGCAUUCGGCCUGUUGCCACUCUCUACCAUUGGGAUCUUCCUCAAGCUAUGCAAGACGAGGGUGGAUGGACCACAGAUUUCAUUGUUGAAGCUUUUAAGGACUAUGCUGACUUCUGCUUCAGCCGAUUUGGAGACAGGGUCAAGGACUGGAACACAUUCAGCAGCCCCUGGGUGGUCAGCCAUGCAGGGUAUGGCACUGGUGAGCAUGCUCCUGGAGUUAAAGACUAUGUUACUGCCUCUUAUCAGGUUACUCAUAAUAUACUAAAAUCCCAUGCAGAAGCCUGGCAUGUCUACAAUGAUAAAUACAGAGGAACACAGGGAGGGAAAGUGGGCAUUGCAUUAAACUCAGACUGGGCUCGACCAGGUGACCCCAUGAAACCUGAAGACGUUGCAGCUGCAGAGCGCUACCUUGAGUUUAUGCUAGGCUGGUUUGCCCAUCCCAUAUUCAUAGAUGGGGAUUAUUCUCAAGUUCUUAAAACUCAGAUUGAAAAGAAAAGAAGUGAUUGUGCUGGAUCUGUGCCAGCUGUACUUCCAACUUUUACUGCUGCAGAGAAGGCGAGGAUAAAGGGAACCUCUGAUUUUUUCGGUUUAAACCACUACACUUCACGUUUGGUUAGCAGCAGCGUAGGUGGAUGCGUCCCUGGUCCUCAGGGAGUUGGAGACUUCCUGGCAUACGUAGACCCCUCAUGGCCCACUACAGCAUCUGACUGGAUCGUCUCAUUGCCAUCAGGAUUACGAUCACUUUUAACAUACAUUAAAAAUCAAUAUCUGACAUCUCAUAAUGUGCCCAUUUACAUAACUGGGAAUGGCAUGCCAACAGAAUACAGUGGAGACCCCCUCAAUGACACCAGUAGAAUAGAUUACUUUAGUGGUUACAUCAAUGAAGCCCUAAAAGCAAUUACAGAAGAUGGAGUGGAUGUACAGCGAUUCACAGUGCAAUCGCUCAUGGAUGGAUUUGAGGGAAAACAAGGGUACAGUGAAAGAUUUGGACUUCUCCAUGUUAACUUUGAAGAUAGUUACAGGCCGAGAUCACCAAAACAAUCAGCAUACUUCUAUGCUCAGAUCAUUGAACAAAAUGGUUUUGUUGCACGUGAACAACCUAAUUUUGAAGGCUUGAAAAUACCACAAGCCUACCGUUCUACUCCACUGCCUCCUUCAGAAGUUCCAUCGACAUCAAAGAUUGUCUGGGAAAAAUUUACACCACAGAAAAAAUUUGAUAGACAAAUGUAUCACUAUGGCACUUUCCCAGAAAACUUUUACUGGGGUGUUUCGUCUUCUGCAUACCAAAUUGAGGGUGGAUGGAAUGUUGAUGGCAAAGGCCCUAGUGUAUGGGAUACAUUUACUCAAAAGCCAGGUAGUGGUAUUCCUGACAAUGCAAAUGGUAACAAAGCAUGUGACAGUUAUGACAGACUUGAUGAAGACCUAUACAUGCUGCGAGCUAUGAAUGUAAAAUCAUACAGACUUUCUUUGUCAUGGUCCAGAAUCUUUCCCACUGGUAGGCGUGCAUCCGUGAACCAGAAGGGUGUUGACUAUUAUAACAGACUUAUUGAUGGCCUCUUGGCUCUUAAAAUUACCCCAAUGGUCACAAUUUAUCACUGGGACCUCCCACAAGCUUUACAAGAUGAGGGUGGAUGGGAGAACGAGGAGAUGAUUAAUAUCUUUAAUGAUUAUUGUGACUUUUGCUUCACCACCUUUGGUGAUAGAGUGAAAUUCUGGAUGACAAUGAAUGAUCCUCAAGGGAUUGCAUGGCUAGGAUAUGGUUCUGGAACAAUCCCCCCAAACAUUGUGAAGCCAGGAACAGCACCAUACCAAGUUGCACACAACCUGAUAAAAGCUCAUGCCUUGGCAUACCACACAUACGAUGAAAAACACCGUUCUUCACAAAAGGGAGUAGUAUCAAUUGCCCUCAAUGCAGAAUGGGUUGAACCUAUAGAUAUCACUGUCCCUCGUGAAAUUGCUGCUGCUGACCGGGCAAUGCAGUUCCAGUUGGGCUGGUUUGCCCACCCAAUUUUCAAAAAUGGUGACUAUCCAGAAGCCAUGAAAGCCCAAGUUUUAGUGAAAAGCGAACUCCAGGGUCUGUCAGAGUCAAGACUUCCUUCUUUCACAGAGGAGGAGAAGAGCUUUAUUAAAGGAACUGCAGACAUGUUUUGUGUUAAUCACUACACCACCAGAAUAGUUACCCAUAUUACAGGUCCAAUUACCCCAGACUCCUAUGAAAAUGACUGGGACUUUACAAAAGAAGAGGUAAAAGAUUCAAAACCUACAGACAUAAAAAACCAAAGAGCUGUAUCUUGGGGUUUAAGAAGAGUCCUCAACUGGAUCAAAGAAGAGUAUGGAAACCCAGAGAUAUACAUAACUGAGAAUGGUGUCGCUACAAAGUCAAAAACUGCAUGGAAUGAUUAUGAUAGAGUGUAUUUUUACAAGACAUAUAUCAACGAGGCUUUUAAAGCCAAUGAACUUGAUGGAGUAAGGGUAAAAGGUUACACAGCAGCCUCCCUCAUGGACUCUUUUGAGUGGUUAAAUGGCAAUACAGUUGGUUUUGGGCUCUACCAUGUGGACUUCACUAAUGAAAAUAGACCAAGAACACCCAAGUUUUCAGCUCAUUUCUACUUCCAAGUCAUGAAAAACAAUGGUUUCCCCAUGCCAGAUGAUGAGAAAAUGUUGUUCGGAGAAUUCCCCCAACCCUUUCUCUGGAGUACUGCGACUGCGUCUUACCAGAUUGAGGGGGGUUGGAGAGCUGAUGGAAAAGGACUCAGUAUUUGGGAUAAGUUUGCCCACACUCCUCUCAGAGUUUUUGAUGAUGACAAUGGAGACAUCGCAUGUGACAGUUACAAUAAAAUAGAUGAAGACAUUACAAUACUGAAGCAACUUAGGGUAAACCAUUAUCGGUUCUCCAUAUCUUGGGCACGGAUACUUCCUGAUGGCACUACAAAUUAUAUUAAUGAGGCUGGAUUUAGCUACUAUGACAGACUGGUGAAUGCACUACUUAAUGCAAACAUCAAACCUCAUAUUACUUUGUACCACUGGGAUCUUCCACAAGCCCUGCAGAACGCUGGAGGCUGGGAAAAUGAUACAAUUGUUGAAAGAUUUAGGGAUUAUGCUGACAUUAUCUUCAGUCGUCUUGGUGACAGGGUGAAACUUUGGAUUACCAUCAAUGAGCCAUAUAAUAUAGCAAUGGUUGGCCAUGGAUAUGGAGUAGCUGCCCCAGGUAUAAGUUUCCGUCCUGGUACUCUUCCUUACAUUGUUGGUCACAAUCUUAUCAAAGCUCAUGCCGAAGUGUGGCAUCUAUACAAUGACAAAUAUCGGGCUACACAAAAUGGAAAGAUAUCCAUUACUAUUAACUCUGACUGGUCAGAGCCAAGGAACCCCUAUAAACAAGAGGAUAUUGAUGCUGCAAGGCGUGUAAUACAGUUCUAUAUUGGCUGGUUUGCCCAUCCCAUAUUUAAUGGUGACUACAGUGAAAUGAUGAAGACAAUCAUUCGGGAACGCAGUCUUGCUGCUGGCUUGGCUAAAUCACGGUUGCCUGAGUUUACACCAGAAGAAAUAAAAAGAAUUAAGGGGACACAUGACUAUUUUGGAUUUAACCAUUACACCACUGUCAUGGCAUUCCCUGUAGAGUAUGGAAACCUUCAACAUUAUGAUGCAGACAGGGGUGCAGGCACACUUUCUGAUCAUAGUUGGCUAGACUCUGGUUCUGGCUGGCUGAAGGUCACACCAUUUGGAAUGCGCAGAAUAUUGAAUUUUAUUAAGGAGGAAUACGGAAAUCCUACCAUUAUUAUCACUGAGAAUGGUGUCUCAGAAAAGGGGGAGGUGGAUCUUAAAGAUUCUCACAGGAGUUACUUCUAUGAAAAAUAUAUCAACCAAGUAUUGAAAGCUUAUCUACUUGAUAAGGUGGACAUUCGGGGCUACACAGCUUGGACACUCAUGGAUAACCUGGAAUGGGCCACUGGCUUCUCAGAGAGAUUUGGACUUUUUUAUGUAAAUCGUUCUGAUCCCAAUCUGCCUCGAGUAGCAAAAGAAUCUGUGUCUUCCUACGCCACCAUCAUUAACUGCAACGGGUUUCCCGACCCUGCAUUAGGACCUCAUGACUGUCUGAAGCCUGGACAAGAAGCAACAAGUGCUCCAUUAAAUGACAGUUCUGUGAACUUCCUGGGCAUGAAGCUCUCUGCUGAUGAAGCUGAAACUGGACUUAAUGCUACAUUUGCUUUGCUCAUCAUUGCAUCAAUAGUGGCCAUUUGUUUGACCAUUGGCUUCUUUUUGACCAAAAGAAGUUUUAAAAAAAAGAAUGUUGACAAUAUAGAGUUGGAGAGGAAAUUCUAA